AUGUCGGGGAAUUCCAACUCAGACAUCUUAAUUGCAGGCGCAAUUGCAGCCUUUACAGUCGAUCUCCUUGUGUAUCCGCUUGAUACAUUGAAAACACGCAUUCAAUCGCCCAACUAUGCAAAAGUGUAUACGAAUCCGCAGACGGGAAAGCCGAACCCGGCUUUGUUUCGUGGCGUAUAUCAAGGAAUUGGUAGUGUGAUAAUAGCUACACUACCUUCAUCAGGAGCAUUCUUCACAACCUACGAACGCACAAAAUCACUCUUCACCCGUCUAAACACCACCACCUCCCCUAACGGCCUCCUCCCCACACCCUUAAUCCACGCCUCAGCCUCCUCCCUCGCCGAACUCGUCUCCUGCGCCAUCCUCACCCCCGCAGAAGUAAUAAAGCAAAACGCACAAAUGGUCUCAUCUUCCUCCUCCACCACCUCCUCAUCCUCAACAAACGCAACUCUCCAAACCCUCUCGAAAUUCCGCUCCAACCCCCUCGCCCUCUGGCGCGGCUACACCGCACUCGCAGGGCGCAACUUACCUUUUUCAGCAAUGCAAUUUCCGCUGCUAGAACGCUUGAAAGAGGCGAUAAAGCAGCACCGCGAUGAGCGCGGAUUAACACGCGGUACGAUUGUGGAGAGCGGGUGUAUUACUGCGUUUAGUGCGGGCACGGCUGGGGCUGUGGCAGCGGUGAUUACAACGCCGAUUGAUGUGGUUAAGACGCGGAUUAUGCUCGCAGCGGGCGAGGGACCGGGGGAGACGAAGGGUGCGGAAGGGAAGGCGGCGAAGGAGGGGAUUAAGAGUGCGGCGAAGGAUUUGAUGCAAGGGGGUGAGGGGGGAAAGAAGAGUAGUUGGGGGAUUGGGAGGGAGAUUGUGGCGGAGAAGGGGGUGAAGGGGUUGUGGAGAGGUGGUGCGUUGAGGGCUGUGUGGACGUUUGUGGGUGCGGGAUUGUAUUUGGGGGCGUAUGAGACGGGGAGGGUGUAUCUUGCUAGUCGGCGAGGCGAUGAGAUUAGUGAAGAGGAUUUGAUGUAG